AUGGCCGAGCAUGAUCCACGCCACUCCCUCAAAAGGCUUCCUGCGGAAAGCAGCAGAGACUUCGGUGGUGCUGUGCUCGUGCAGCCAUUGCAUGCCGACCGGAGUGCUUCCCAUACCAUUCCACGACUGGAGGCUGGUGGCACGUGUGGAGUCCACGAGUCUUAUGGUUGUUUUGGUUCGACAGUUGAAGGGACUAGCGGUGGCUCUUGCCGGCGACCGGAGAAGAGGAGGAGGACUGACUCUCCGUUCAAUGAGAGCAGAACAGAUCAAGGCCGAGGGCAGGAUCUGAUCAGCAACCUGCCCAACGAUUGCCUCUUGCUUGUCUUCAGUUUUCUUCCGAGUCCCAGAGAUCGCUGCCGGUGUUCUGCGGUGUCGAGGAGUUGGUUCGCGCUGCAGACCUUCCUGAGAAGGUCUGAAUUCAGAGCCAACGUGGUGCUUCCCCCUCGAUCGCGACAAGAGAGCUCCAGAUGCCUCCAGGGAAGCAGCGCCAACGACUUGAGGCUGGGCGCCAUGGCCAUCGGGAUGGACGAAUGCGGAAUCUUAACGGAGCUAUCUGUGAUCGACACGCUUCCUUGUUCUCUGCUUCCUCUUCAUCAUCAUCAUCAUCAUUGUCACGUUUCGGACGUCGGCCUCUCAGCCAUGGCGCAGGCUUGCAGCAACCUCAGGUCUCUCGCGCUACACAACUGCACCAAAGUGACCGAUCGGGGCCUCGCGACGGUCGCACAGAACUGCACGGCACUGAAGAACCUGGAGCUAACCCAUGCGGCGUCGGUCGGCGACCAUGGCCUCGUCAUCCUUGCAACCAGAUGCCUCAAGUUAGCAUCGUUGAGCCUGACCGCAUGUCCAAGAGUCACCGAUCGUUCGCUAGAGGCUUACUCCAAGCAUUCCACCCACCUUAAGUCGAUCACAGUGGCGCAGUGUCCUUUCAUCACAGACUACGGCAUUCUUUCGAUCGUCGUCUUGCUAACGAAGCUAGAGACCGUCAAGAUCUCGUCGAUGAAGCUGGGCGACGGCGUCCUCCGAGCAAUCGCACGCAGCGGCGAGCAGAUCAAGACGUUGGCUCUGGAGCACGUGUGGGGUGUAUCAGUGACGGGCUACCGUUGCAUCGGAGAGACCACAAGGCUCAAAGGGCUUUCUUUAGACGCUUGCACCGGGUUGACGGAUCGGUGCUUCAGAAGGUUGUCGCCCACCAGCUUUGCCGGCCUCAAGAAGGUGGCGAUGACGAGCUGCUCCUCGCUGACAGAUUCGAGUCUCCUCGCGCUCACAGGACUUGCAGUGGAACUGGAGAGUCUCCACCUGGAUACUUUCGAAGCUUUCACAUACAGGGGUUUGAUGAUUGCUCUGGGAAACUGCAGCCGGACUCUGAAGGUGUUGACUCUGGUCAAGUGCGAUUUCCGUGGCCGUGGAGCACUUGAGCAGAAAGGGGUCUACCCCUCUCGUCUUCUUCCUCUUCCUGCGGAAUGCCCGAUGCUACAGACCGUGAAACUGGAAGAGUGCGAGGGACUGGGAGAUGACUUCAUCUCGUGGGUCGGGCUGGCCUGCAAGAGCAUCACCGACGUCAGUUUCGUGCGCAUGGACUCCAUUACCGACCGUCGCAUCGAGUCCUUCAUGAACCAGCUCAAGGGGUGGAACAGGAUCAGCAGGGUGGACCUGAGCGGGAGCGCCGGCAUCGGCAACAGGAGCGUGUGGGCGGUGACAAGGGAGUGCAAGGCGCGGCUGAGGUCGCUGGUGCUGCGGGGGUGCGAGCGCGUGUCCGACCGGGGCGCGGCGGUGAUCACCAGGCGAUGCACCAAGCUGGUGGAACUCGACCUAGGCGGGUGCAGCAUCAGCGACGAGGCGGUGGAGAAGGUGGUGGGGGAGGACCCGCCGGACCUGGAGGUGCUGUCGCUGGCGGGGUGCACCAGGAUCACGGACCGGAGCCUGGACGCGUUGGAUGAGUACGGUGGCCUGGGCCUGAACCGGCUCGACCUGACCGGUUGCUCGGGACUGAGCCAAUUCCGGGUCAAUUUCAUCAAGAUCUACAUCGACGAGGUCGAUUACUGA